AGAGAACGUGAUGAUCUCUUUCAUGCCGUUACAGUUAUGGCCGAUCUUGGAUUGACAUAUACGCAAGUGAAGGCGGCUGAAGGUUCAUACGUUUUUCAAAUGGAACCCGAUCUGGAUGCUUUGGCACAAUUUCCGGGCUAUAUUGGUGUUACAUUGAACUACUUUAGUCGGCAGCUGGUUGCGCGUGAAGUGGAGCUAGAACGCAUACGUCGUUCAACGCCACGUUUGGGCGCUGAAACGAGUAACAGUAAGUCAACUACCACUAAUGCUGCUUCAGCUGCUGGCGCUAAUAAAGAUGCUGAAAAACGUCUGCCAAAUCAUUUGCAACGUCUAAAGGCCAAGCAAGUCGAUAAUAAAAAUGCAAAUGCCAAGAGAGAU